AUGAACCCUCGAGAACAAAGCAAGCAGCGACACCAGAAGAAAAUCAAUCGAAACCUUAAGGGAUUGCUGAGCAAGUGUUACAAAUACGGAAAACUGUCCGGGGUCGAGCUAGCUCUCUAUAUAGAAUACUCAGACAAGGACGAGUUUGUUGCCUUCGAAUCGGAAGGAUAUAGCUGCGACGGAAAGAUCGCGGAAAAGAAAGCUGCAGUGAAGUCGAAGAUUUACAAGCCAAGCGAUAUCGAGGACAUGCUUAAUAUGUUGUACAAGAAAAAGGUACAACAGGUGCAAAAGGUGCCAAAGCAAGGUCGAGACCAACGGAAGACACCUAUUCGAAGGAGGACCUCGGAUCAUUCACGGGAAUCCGCGUUGAAUUUGUCCGAAAUAAGAACACGUCUCGGAAACUUUCCUAAAAUUCCAGACCUUAGGAUCCGGGCAUCAGGCCAAACGUCAGGCUGGUAA